CUGGGCCCAUGGGCCAUGACCCGUCACCCGCAAACCAUCGACGCAGAAUGCGGUAUCUGCAUGGAACCGUAUGUCGAGGUCAGGGAAGACACCGACGGUGUUGACAGUUCUAUUACUAGCCAGCGGGGACUUGUCUGGUGCAAAGCGCAGUGUGGCGGAAACCUGCACAAGGCGUGUUUCAGCAGGUGGGAGGCUCAGUGCUUGAGAGGUGGCCUAGGGCAAAGCCGUUGUGUGGUAACGUGUCCGUUGUGUUGCGCUGAGUGGAAGGAUGAGGAGCAGGGGGAGGAGGAGGAGAGAGUAAGGUAACACGGCGGCGCUUGUUGUUGUGGGUUACUUGUCGCUUUUUCUUUUUCUUUUUUUUCUUUAUAUAUUUAUUUUAAAUUGACGGCCUUUUCCCCUUCCCGACUCUCGCAUUGUGGACUGGGUGUUGUUUUCCAAAUGUGCUUUCUUCUUAUCUUGCCUUGAGUGUGUCUCUUCCAUUUCAAGAUGAUGCAUUCUCUCUUUUAUUUCGCUUUUUCCCCUUGUUCCCUCCUAGUCAGAAAGAAAGAGGUGCGAGCUGAAAAGACCUGGCAGGAUGAAGAACCUGGUAGAGUUUGUUUGACUUGACAUGACAAUGAUCAAACAAAUUUGGCCAACUCCUCACUCAAAGACAGAUAGACAGUCAGUCAGUGGUGAAAAUGUCAGGUCAAUAAUGACAAAUAUUGAAAUUUCAAUUUGGU